CGCGAGCGCGAGAGGGACGCCAGGGAGCGCGAGAGGGAGAGGGAGAGGGACAGGGAGAGGGAGCGCGACCGCGAGCAGCCGGUGGUGCUGGCGCAGUACCAGCCGCCCCCGCCGCCGCAGCCGGACGCCUACCACGUGCCGCCCACCUACCUUGCGUCCUACAGCCCGCCGGUCAAGCCCGGCCAGUCGCUACUGCUGCAGCCGCCCCACCACCAGCAGAGGAGGCCCCCCUUCAAGGUUCCUAGCGGCAAGGAGGGCUCGCUGAAGCACCGCAUCCUGACGCGGCCCAGCCCGCCGUCGUCUACGGUGACGAGCGCCUCCGCCUCCGCGUCGGCCGCC